GAUUGUGAGGAUGUGCGGGUCAGCUGUUUCCGCCCUAUAUAAACAAACACAAUGUGAUUUUCAAUUUUUCUUGUUUAGAAAGGUGUUUUGCAUAAAUUCAUGUCUACCUCAGCGACUCUAAGUAAAUUCCAUAAAGUUUAUUUUUAAAUAUUUAUUGAAAAAUCAUUCCUAAUUUUAUUUAGUUCAAUUGACUUUAAGCCAAGUAUUAUAUUUUGAUAUGUCUGAGGAUGACAAAUCAGAAUCUUUGCGGUCCUGCAAGUCACCUGAAGAAAAAUUAUUGUUUGCUUCAAGGACUGGAGACUUACCUCUAGCUGUCUUGCUUUUGGACCAGUUUCAUAAAAAUGAAAUAGAUUUAGAUAUCAAUUGUAAAGGAAAUCAUGACUGGAGGCCACUGCAUCUUGCCUGUUAUUUUGGACAUGACAAAAUUGUAGAAAGUCUUAUUAAACAUGGAGCAGAUGUCAAUGUUUUAAAUGAUACUGGUGACACUCCUCUACAUAAAGCUGCAUAUACAGGUCGAGAGGAAUUAGUAUUAUUGUUGCUAUCAAAAAAUGCAGAUGUAUUUAUUAGGAAUAGUGAAGGUCAAACUUCUCGAAGCAUUUGUGAUAAUGAUGAAAUAAUUAAACUCCUUAAAGGUGCUGAAAAUGCUGAUAUUGAAAGGAAAAACUCAAUGUUAUUGCAAGCAGCUCGUGAGGGUGAUAGAGAUACCAUUGAAAAUCUACUCAAAAGUGAUAAUCCACCUGAUAUCAACUGUGUUGAUUCUCUCGGGAAUUCUGCAUUACAUUGUGCUGCAUACAGAGGGAAAAAAGAAGUAGCUGUUCUGUUACUACAAAAUGGAAUUAACACAUCUCUUAAAAAUUUAAGAGGCCAAUUAGCUAUUGACUUAGCUCUUAAUAUGCAAAUGAAGCAAAUUCUUGGAGUACAACCUGUUAAACACUUUCAAAAAACUGCUUCCAGAUUUGAAGGACUACUGUUGAGAAAAAGUCGAUUUUUAGGAUGGAAAGAUGUGUAUACAGUAUUAGAGAAAGGUGUAAUGUCAUUUUUUAAUUCUCGAGCAGAUUCUACUACUGGAACCAGGCGUAAAGGUUACAAAUAUCUUGAUAGUGCCAAAUCUCAGAUUGACAAUGCAGAUAUUGCUGUUUUUACAGUAAUUUUCUCCGACAAUACCCGCCAAAGAUUUUGCGUGCCUUAUGUACAUAAUCAACAAGUUGAUAGACAGAAAUGGAUUAUUGCAAUAACUGAACAUGUGGAGUUCAGCAGCCAUUAUUUAAAACAAGGAUUUUCUGACUCAGACCCAGAAGAUGAGGAAGAUAUUAUACCUAUCGGUACAAUGCAAGACAAGCUUCAAACUGCUCAAGCCCAUUUGCACGUUUUUGAAAAAGGAUUAGAUUCUUUGAAAUCAUCUCUGGAGAAAACAAAUGUUGACCAUACAAAAUCUACAUUUUAUGAUGGAAUUUUACAUUCUACUCUUUAUACUCAUGCAGGAAAUUUGAUUGAAUCAGGGCGUAAAGUUUCUUCUAGUUUAUCACAUUGUCUAACAGUAUUCGCUCAACAGGAAGAGGUCCGCAUGUUGCAAUUGAAGCAGGAGCAAGAAAGAUCUAGAGUCCUACAAGAUGCAUUGCAUGCCCUGGCGCAAGAACAUCUUGAGCUUGAGAAAUCUAUCGUGAGUCCCUUCCAAUCUACCCCGAAUUCACCCCAUUACCAAGAUACCGAUUGCGACGAAUUCUUUGAUGCAUUUGAAGGAGAUUAUCCGUCUUCUGUCAAAGAUAAAAAUGAUGAUGACACCAUAUCAAAUUCAGAUACAGCAGUACCAAGUGAAACAACUGGGUAUUUUGCAUCAUUUUCUGUUUCAUCUGAUAGCCUCAAAAACUCCGAACCAUCCAAAUGGGGAAGGUUGACUUUACCAGUGCCACAAUUUUCAAGAAAUGAUUUUAGUGUUUGGAGUAUAUUAAAGCAAUGUAUUGGCAAGGAACUCUCAAAGAUUACUAUGCCCAUUGUUUUUAAUGAGCCUAUAAGCUUUCUACAGAGGUUAGCAGAAAACAUGGAAUAUAGUGAUCUUCUUGAAAAAGCAAAUAAUUCUGAUAGUCCUGUAGAAAGAAUGGAGUAUGUUGCUGCAUUUGCUUGUGCUUCUGUUGCAUCAAAUUGGGACAGAUUAGGAAAACCAUUCAAUCCUCUAUUAGGAGAGACAUAUGAGCUUAUAAGGGUGGAGGAAAAUUUUAAAUUUGUUGCUGAACAAGUUAGUCAUCACCCACCUGUAACAGCUUUCCAAGCAGAAUCUUCUGAUUUCAUAUUCACUGGAGCUGUACAUCCAAAAUUAAAAUUAUGGGCGAGAUCUGUAGAAGUUAAACCUGAAGGAACACUAGUUCUGAAAUUAUUAAAGCACAAUGAAACAUACACAUGGUCUGGUGUAACAUGUUGUGUCCAUAAUAUAAUUGUAGGAAAACUUUGGAUGGAACAGUGUGGCGUAUUAGAGAUAACAUGUCAUACUAAUGGACUAGUUGCUGAACUCAAUUUUAAACCUGCUGGCUGGUAUAGUAAAGAUUUAAAUUGUGUAGAAGGCUUUGUUUUAGAUAGGCAAAAGACAAAGCAUCGUUUAAUAUUUGGAAAAUGGUGCAGCUAUAUUAAGAGUAUGGAUGCUCAAUACUUUGAUGAUUAUCAGAGAUUGAAAGAAGUGCCAAAUAAUAACAAUCAAACAGCUACUUCUUCUAAAGAAAACUCUGGUUUCUUCAGUAAAGUCCAAAAGAAAAGAAAUUCUUCUGUAACUCUUGAAAAUGGUGAUAAAGGAGAAAACUAUCAAAAUCUUGAUGACUUGCCAACUACUCUACUUUGGGAAGUUGAUCCCAGACCAGAAUGCUCAUCAGAUUACUACAACUUUACAUCUUAUGCUAUGGCUCUGAAUGAACUGACUGAUGAAAUGAAACCUAAGCUUCCACCCACUGAUUCUCGAUUAAGGCCAGAUAUAAGAAAACUGGAAGAAGGUGAUAUAGAUGGUGCUGCAUUUGAAAAAAAUAGGUUAGAAGAAAAGCAAAGAGAAACCAGAAAGCAAAGAAAAAAAGACAAAACAACAUGGACCCCUGUAUUGUUUGAAUCUAAGCCCCACCCGUAUGCUAAGGAAGAAUCUUGGUCAUUCAAGGGGGAUUACUGGGAGAGAAAUUUUGCUCAAUCUCCAGACAUAUUUUAACUUAUUCACAAUUUUUAAUGUAUUUUAGUGACAUGUUUUUAUAUGCGAUUGUUUUAUUAUUUGUAAAUUUGGUAUAAGAGACUGUGCGAUAAGCUUGAGAGAAUUGUGCAUAUGUUCAUAGUAAUUGUAAAACUUGUAUAUAAUUCAAGAAAAUAAAAUGUAUUUUAUUUCAUA